AUGGGGAGUGGAGCAAGUGCUGAGGAUAAGGAACUUGCCAAGAGGUCCAAGGAAUUGGAAAAGAAGCUACAAGAAGAUGCAGACAAAGAAGCAAAGACAGUCAAGCUGCUACUGCUAGGUGCGGGCGAGUCAGGCAAGAGUACAAUUGUCAAACAGAUGAAGAUUAUCCAUCAAGAUGGUUACACGGAAGAAGAAUGUUUGGAGUUCAAAUCGGUCAUCUAUGGCAACAUUCUACAGUCCAUCCUGGCCAUCAUAAGGGCCAUGACCACUUUGGGGAUAGAUUAUGCCGAAGCAAGCCGAGGGGAUGAGGGCCGACUGCUGUUCAACUUGGCUGACUCCAUUGAAGAGGGAACCAUGCCUCCUGAGCUAGUGGAUUGUAUAAAGAAGCUAUGGAAAGAUGGAGGUGUACAGGCCUGCUUUGAGCGAGCAGCUGAGUACCAGCUCAAUGACUCUGCUUCAUACUACUUGAACCAACUGGAUAGGAUCACAGCCCCAAACUACCUCCCCAAUGAACAGGAUGUAUUGCGAUCACGAGUUAAGACCACAGGAAUCAUAGAGACAAAGUUCGGUGUCAAAGACCUCAACUUCAGGAUGUUUGAUGUAGGCGGACAGAGGUCAGAACGCAAGAAAUGGAUCCACUGCUUUGAAGGGGUGACCUGCAUCAUCUUCUGUGGCGCUCUCAGUGCUUAUGACAUGGUGUUGGUAGAAGAUGAUGAAGUGAACCGCAUGCAUGAAUCUUUGCAUCUGUUCAACAGUAUAUGCAACCACAAGUUCUUUGCUGCCACCUCCAUUAUUUUAUUCCUAAACAAGAAGGACCUCUUUGAGGAAAAGAUCAAGAAAGUACAUCUCAGCAUUUGUUUCCCAGAUUAUGAUGGCCCCAAUACAUUUGAAGACGCAGGCAACUACAUCAAACUUCAGUUCCUCGAUCUGAACAUGAGAAAAGAUGUGAAAGAAAUCUACAGUCACAUGACUUGUGCCACAGAUACACAGAACGUCAAAUUUGUAUUUGAUGCAGUCACAGAUGUCAUCAUCAAAGAGAACCUCAAGGACUGCGGUCUCUUCUAAGACUUCAGUGUUUUAAA